AUGUCUGUUCUCGUUUCUGGUUGUUCUGCUUCUUCUCCGUCUAAAACAAAAAUGCAGAACACUAUCAACUCUCAAACGUUUCAAGCUUUCCCGUUCGUCCUCUCCAAGCCUGAACCCUACCCAGCAACUGAAACGUUUUGUGUCUUACCCGAAACUCCUUGCCUUUAUAACUCUCUCUUUGGUAGCAGUUUUGACUCUUUCUCUUCACUUACCAAUCAAAAUCACCUCUACCCUCCGAAUAGUUUCUCCGUUUUGACCGAUAUCUCGGGUGGUGUUUCUUUCUAUGGUCCUGGGAAUAAAGUACUGGAGCCCGAAACUGAGGUGGAAAGGAAUAAUUUUGAGACUGAAACGGAAACUGAUCGAACUACUCCUGUUCUUGACGGAAUCGCUGCUGUUGUUGGCCAAGACGUUCUCUUUGGAACGAACAAGGCGAAAUCUUCUGACGCCGGUGCCAAACGUUUCGGGUCAAGUGGCAAAAAUAAUAAUAAUGUUAUUCCAGUGCAAAAGAACUACAGAGGGGUGAGAAAGAGGCCAUGGGGUAGGUGGUCAGCAGAGAUACGUGACCGUAUAGGGCGGUGCCGCCACUGGCUUGGAACCUUCGACACGGCGGAAGAGGCGGCGCGUGCUUAUGACGCGGCUGCAAGGAGGCUUAGGGGGUCUAAAGCGAGGACGAACUUCGAAAUCUCCUCAGUCUUGCCCCUUUCAUCACCUUCUAAUUCAUCUUCUUCCUCUACUGAGGUGAAGAAAGUGAAGGGCAAAGUGAAUAGCGCAAGAAAGUGUUCAGUAGUGACCUCUGUGGCCCAUUUAUUUUCCAACAAUUCUAAUGGUUUAAAAGUGGAAGGGAACAGUAAUGCUGUGGAGCUUGAUUUGAAGCUGGGAGUUGGAUACGGAAACAGAAAUAGAGCUCCAUCAAUGGCCACUGUUUAG